GAAAAAACCUUCUUUCCAUCAUUCUUCACGAUCAUGGUUCAUCUUCUUGUACACUUAGCAGAAGAAGUUAAAUUAGGUGGUUCUGUUCAAUACUACUGGAUGUACCCAUUUGAAAGAUUCUUCUCGAUAUUAAAGAAUUUAUGUUGGCAAUAAAGCACAACCUGAGGGCUCCAUUGCAGAGGGAUUUAUUGCUGAGGAAUGGAUUUCAUUUUGUUCGAAAUAUUUGGAGGGGUAUAGCCAAAAUAUUAGAACAACUGGAUUAUCACUUGAAAAGGAAGAUGUGUUUAUGUUCUCUAGUGGUGGUAUUUCAUUGGGGAAGGUAUCUUCACUUGUACUAGAUGAUAAAUCAUUAACUCAAGCACAUAGAUAUGUGCUACGUCAUUGUGAUAGUCUUAUAACAUUAAGAGAACACUUCAAAGAUGGUGAGAAAAGAAAGAGGCGCGCGCAUACACAUCUUACAACUUGGGAUGUCGAAAAACUUAUUAAUGAAAAAUUUCAUGAAUGGUUGAGAAUAACAGUUAUGGGUAAUGGUGGUCCAGUAGUAACAGAAGAAAUUAAGGUCCUGGCCAAAGGGCCUAAUAAAAUUGCACGUACAUAUAAAGGUUUUUUUAUUAAUGGAUAUACAUUUCACAUAAAAACUAGAGAUGAGAAUAAGAAAACUCAGAAUUAUGGUGUUGUUAAUAGCACAGAAAUUGGAAACUUCAAUUAUUAUGGAAAAAUUAAUGAUAUUAUUGAGAUAAAUUAUUCAGAUAAGUUUAAAGUGAUGCUAUUAAAAUGUGAUUGGGUGAACACAACUGGCACCAGUGUAAAGCAAGAUCAGUUUGGUUACACUUUGGUGAAUUUUUCACGUCUUAUUCACACUGGUGAUAAAUUAGAAGAUGAUCCAUUUGUUUUUUCUUCGCAAGUUGAACCAGUCUACUACAUUCAAGAUCCCAAAAAUACAAAUUGGAAUUUUGUUGUUCGUAUGAGGCCUAGAGAUGUAUAUGAUUCAAGUAUUUCUCGUGAUAAAUAAAUAUAAGUUGGGAUACUAAUUUACUUACUGAUACAUCAGAUUUCAGCUAAGACUAUUUCAGGUAAGACUACAGAUUUUGACUAUUUUUGCUUUAUGUUUUCAAUUUCUUAUUCAUAGAAAAUUGAAAGAGGAUAACUCUUGUCUUAGAGGUCGUGUAAAAAUAGCUUCAUUUGUGUUUAGCUCAAAGUGUAAAUAAAUGGUAAGACUAUUUCUUGUGAUGAUUGUUGUGUUUGGCUCAAAGAUAAAUUUCCAUGUCAGGGAAUAGAACUACGACAUGCCACAUGCGAUUUUUAACUCUCAGAAGAAGAAGGCAAAUAUGAGUUCCUUAAGGGCAAACAGAAUGUCCUCUAUAGCUUUUUUUCGGGCUUCUCUUGCCUGUAAAAACUAGUAUAGCAUCAUAGUAUGAAUAAUGUACCAUUAAUAUGGUUAAGAACCACAAUGAAAUUGGUUAAUUCAAACAACCUGUCUCUAAGCUUGUUUCCUUUCUUUAACCUGUGCCCGUACAUGAUCUGUUGUUCCAUGUGAAUUAAUGUUUUAACAUAUCCAGUACUCUCCUCCUUGUCAGCAUGAUGCCACAAAUUAACUUGUUUCAUUUUUUUGUUGGCUUUUAUUUUUGAAGAUUGAUUGUUUGCUAGUGAAAAGUCUGUUAUUUUCAAAGUUUUGAUAUUAUACUAUAUUUUCAGGAAAUGACAA